CUCUCCUUCUCCGGCUCUCAGCUGGAGCCAACCUCGCCGGCCCUCCGGAGCCGGAGCGUGGGGGGUGGAGCGACAGAAAAGGGGCGGAAGUGCAAACAAGAGCUCGGGGGCGAGAAGGCUCCGGCUUGGACUUUGCCUUCUUUCGCGCACACGGCCACUUUGGUGGGAAAGCGCUCGCCGUCUUGCGCUCGCCUCUCCAGCCUCCGCCUUGGAAAUUUUUCCCCUGGGAAUUACAACCUAACUGCAGAAGAUCAUGAAUAACUACAGUGUUGCACUGGUGGGUCCAGCUCCUUGGGGCUUCAGACUGCAAGGUGGGAAAGACUUCAACAUGCCUCUCACUAUCUCUCGGUUGAGCGAUGGAGGCAAAGCAGCUAAUGCAAACGUCGGGAUAGGUGAUGUGGUCCUUAGCAUUGAUGGGAUAAGUGCAGAAAGUAUGACUCAUCUGGAAGCACAAAACAAAAUCAAGACCUGCUCGGGAAAUCUGAUUAUGAAUCUGCAAAGAGCACCUGCAGCUCCAAAGCCAGAUCCAAUUCCUGUGCAACAGGUAGAGCCCAAGGACCUAAUUAAGCCUGUGCCCAUUGCAUCUCCAGCCGUGCCCAAAGUUUCAUCCACAACCAGCGUGGCCUUCAAUAAGGCUCCCAAGCCCUUUGGAGCUGUGUCCUCCUCCAAGGUCACUUCCAUCCCAUCACCGUCAUCUGCCUUCACGCCCGCCAGUUCCAGUCUUCCAUUACAUGCUUCCCCUACACCUCUGGCCACUGUCACGCCUCCCCCACUCACUGCCUCAGGAGCGCAUGUUAACCUCAAAGCUAAUGCUGACCAACGUUGCUCUGUGCUGAGUGCCGCAAAGCCUACCGUUAACACCCCAUGGCAAUCCCCACACAAUGCACCGUUCAGCAAAAGAGCCCCCGAGGUGACAGAGGGGCAGCGAAGUGGAUCCAGAGAAAACCAGGGUGACAGUAACCAGCAAAAUGGUCCACCACGGAAACACAUUGUGUACAGAAACACAGAAUUUUUCCAUCCACCAGUUCAUAGCAACAACAGCAAGAAAAGACUGAUUGAAGAUACUGAAGACUGGCAUCCAAGGACUGGAACUACUCAGUCACGUUCUUUCCGUAUCCUUCAACAGAUCACAGGCACUGAACGCAUGAAAGAGCCGGAAUCAGACAAUCUAAAGAAGGCAAAUGAUUCUUUGGAACCCACACAAUUUACUACUUGUACUGCUGCUGCUGUAAGCAGCAUGCCUGAAAGUCCAGAAAAUGGUGCCAGUAGGCCUAUUUCAGCUGAGGGUGGAGCAGGAUUCAAGCCCACAGGACCUCAAUAUGCUGAGAAAACCUCAGGCUGGAAGUCUUCUAAGCAACCAGCUGGAAGUGGAUGGAUUUCCAACAACAAUACAACCUCUGAUGAGAAAGCUACAGCCGCACAGCUGCAAACCAAUGAAGAUACUUUGGUUCAAAGAGCAGAGCAUAUUCCAGCAGGCAAGCGGACUCCAAUGUGUGCUCAGUGCAAUCAAGUCAUCAGAGGGCCUUUCCUCGUAGCAUUGGGGAAAUCCUGGCACCCUGAAGAGUUCAAUUGUGCUCAUUGCAAAACUUCCAUGGCUUAUAUUGGUUUUGUGGAAGAGAAGGGAGCAUUUUACUGCGAAGGUUGCUAUGAGAAGUUCUUUGCUCCAGAAUGUGCCCGAUGCCAGAGGAAGAUACUUGGAGAAGUAAUAAAUGCUUUGAAACAAACUUGGCAUGUCUCCUGCUUUGUGUGUGUGGCCUGUCACAAGCCCAUUCGCAACAAUAUUUUCCACUUGGAAGAUGGUGACCCUUACUGUGAGACAGAUUUUUAUACAUUGUUUGGUUCGAUGUGCCAUGGAUGUGAGUUCCCUAUUGAAGCUGGGGACAGGUUCAUGGAAGCCUUGGGCCAUACUUGGCAUGAUACCUGUUUUGUGUGCUCAGUAUGCUGUGAGAGUUUGGAGGGCCAGACUUUCUUCUCCAAGAAGGAUAAGCCUCUAUGCAAGAAACAUGCUCACUCUGUGAACAUCUGAAACAUCAGAGGUUACUCCAACAAAUGGGAGGACAAGAAAAGAACAUGGCUGGGUGUUGGUUUUCAAGAUGUAUUUAUAUAAACUUUAAAUUUGUAGAGGGUUUAUGCCUUCAUAUGAAAUAGAAACGGGGAUAACUAAUUAGCUUUGGUCUGAGAGCUUUUUGUUGCGUUUCAGUUGCGAAACUGAAAAUUUCAAUCCAGAUUUUUAUUUGGAGGGCACCAGGUUGGAAAUAGCUGAGUUAAAGUAUAUAAUAAAAGAUUGAAGCUAGAUGUUUGUUGUUAAUGAGAGUAAAUUUUUUAAAAAGUGGACGUCACUGAUUGGUUUUUUUUAUAAUCAAGUAAUACUUUGCCUUAAUCCAAUACUUUGUAGCAAAUUUUGCAUUAUUAUUUAAAUACCGUAAGCGAUAAUGCAACUUCUUGGAUACUGCAGAAAGCAAAGAAGAUGGACCCUGAUACCUAGCAAAUUUACAAUUGGGUUUGUAGCUGCUUUGCAGGUAGGGACAAACAUUUUGUUUAAUUGAUCAGUGCAGGUAGAAUCCAGCUCUUUAUCAAAGAAACAUUUGUCAGUGAACUGAGAAACCUUUGUUAGGUCUUUUCUGACUUCAGACAUCUUUGCUGGUCCAAAUCUGCAUAGUAGGGUUUCCAAAUCCCCUUGGAAUGCAAAAUUCGUAUGCUUGUAUUCUGCCUAAUGAACUGUUAGAUAUUUAGAUUUUUUAUUAGAAAAUAAAGCUAGCAAAUACAACUGUUGGCACAAAAGAGAGCAUUAAUGUUUUUGAAAAAAUUUGAAAAAAAGGUAUGUGUCCACAUAAUUCCUUUAAUUCUCACGGGGCAUACAAUUUGCUUUUUGCCUUUACUCUUUUUUUGUUGAUUUCAGAAAUAAUGCCAAAAAAGAUAAAAUAAACUUUACCUAUCAAGUAUUAAAGUACUGACUAUGAUGAAAAGUUCUGUAAGUCUUCAGGAAGCGUAUGCACAUUGUCUUGAAAUAAUGGCAGAUAUUAAAAGAAGUCUAAGUAGUACACAUAAAUAGGAUUGAGGUAAACUCAGAUUUACAUAAAUUAAGUCCUUACUUAUCAUUUACAUUGUGUGCACAUAGCACUUAUUUUGUUAUUGUAACAUACAGAAAUGGGUAGGGGAUUUUAAUUCCAGCUUUCUUAGGUAGUGAGGUAGUGGUUGCACAGUGGUUAGAGUGCAGUACUGCAGGCUACUUCUGCUGACUGCCGGCUGCCAGAAGUUUGGCAAACCAGGCUCAAGGUUGACUCAGCCUUCCAUCCUUCCGAGGUCGGUAAAAUGAGGACCCAGAUUAAUGUGGGCAAUAUGCUGACUCUGUAAACCGCUUAGAGAGGGCUGUAAAGCACUAUGAAGCAGUAUAUAAGUCUAAGUGCUAUUGCUAUAGUAAGUACUAAAGAUUUUUAUUUUCUUUUAUGGUUUUGUCAUCAGCUGCUUCUUUCAUAUGUAUGUAAAAUACAUACUGAAUUAUGUUGAAAUGCUUGUUUGCUUUCUAUACGUGUAUUUGUGUGAGUGUGUAAGUAAACUUAUGAACUAAUUUUUCAUCCUGUAUAUCUCAACUCCUCUUUUGAUAAAAGUAGGAAGAAGAGAGAAAAAGGAAAGACAACCGAUAACGUAAUAUGUUCUUUAAUACAAAGAUUUAAAAGAAUAAGUGGAUAGAUUCAGAAAUGAGCAAAGAAUUUAAAUAAACUGUAAGUGGUCUGAGAAGGCUGUGUCAGGGAUUUUUAUGAGGAUAGGGGAAUGGUCAAAUUUUGCAAGAUGGUGAGCUUAAUGUCAUGACUCACACCUUCCAUUUUGGUGUGACAUUGACACUUUACACAAAUGGGAUGGAGUUUGGGUCACAUUACUACACCUGCCAUUUACAGCUGUUAACCUUGGGAAUCCAGAGAGUAGAGCCACUGUUUACUACUACUUUUUGGAAUCUCUUAACCUUAAGAAAUUAAAAAUUAUGAUACCUGAGAACAAAACUGAAGCAUUAAAACAAAGGCAUAAUUUGAAUACAUUAACAUUUACAACUUGAAACCCUCUUGUAGUCAAGUUGCCUUCCAUAAUAUGUUUUCAGAUGGCCAUUGGACUCAUAGUGGAUGCUUUUUGUGUGUAGUAUGGAUCAGUCAGAGCUAAACUAUGAUAAUUUUGUGUAAUAAACUAUAGCAUUUCCAUAUUGGAACCAAUUUAGAGUUCCCAAGUAUUUACUAAAGAAUGGAGAAUUAUAUUGAAUUUUGUGUAAACUGUGUCAUGUGAGGACAUCACAAAGUAAAAGGGGGUGUGGUAUUAAAUCUUCAAUAGUAUUCAUUCCAGUGUUGUAAGUAUUCCAGCAUUUUCACUUGAGAAGCAUGAAAUAAAUAGACAGGAUCAGAGUUAGCCAAAAUAGUCUGUUACAAUCAAAGGAAUUUAAAUUAACCAUAUUUAAUUUAGAUUCUAUUGUUUUUUAUUGAUCUGUUCUAAGUCUGUAUCUAGCCCAUACAUAUGAGGUUUAUUCUCUAUUCCUUAGCUGCUUUAGAUUUAUUUUUUUUCAUUCAUUAAUAAAUAUGAUUCAUUCAUAUAUAAAUACCAUAUUUAUGUAUUGUAGGAGAAAUAUGGUUACCAAUCAGCAUUUCACAGGGCAAAUUAUAAUUUGUAGAAUAAGGUGACUUUGACUUUAGUGGCAAAUGUCCAGAAUUUGAGAAGUUAUUUUACUCUGCAUUCAGGAAAUGCAUAGCCUUCCCAUGACUGAGAAUUUGAAGAAUUGAAAUUUCAGCCUCUGCCAGAUUGAGUAAGAUUUGAGCUAGCUGCUGUUAUUAAAAAUGGAAAAUAGGAGGAGAGAAGGAUAGUUGAGUGGGUAGCUUAUGUACACUUUCCAUGGAUAACAAGCCACUUAUUUUAUCGGACAGAAUUGAAAUUCACCUUAUUUAUGAGAGCCUAGAUGAAGAACAAACUCUUGCAUAUUGUAAUUAAUUAAUACAUCAUUCUUUGUAAAUAAUGUCCCUCUAGUACAGGAGCUAAAGUAAAAAUUAAAGAUGGUUUUGUCUUCAUAUCCUGCUAAUCAAGAGUUUUAGGGUGAUUUUCAAAAAGCAAAAUGGAUAAAGUUGGAGUUGGUUAUUCUGUACUUUUUGUGAAGUUAGUUUGGUUUCAAUCAAUUUAUAUUCUAAUGAUCUUGAUACCAGUUCUCAUUUUAUUCUAUUGCUCUGUUUUAAAACAAGUGGGUUUUUUUCAUCUUUGCCUAAACACAUAACUGCUUCUGUUGUUAUUGUCUAUCAGUUCAGUUGUUGUAAAAAGCCUAGUCAUUAACUUGACCUGAUGUACACAUCAAUAAACAUCCCUGUGGAAUUAUAUAUUCAA